GCGCGCAGCCCGAGCCGCCGCAGCGAUGAAUUCUGCCGAGCAGACCGUUACGUGGCUCAUCACCCUGGGCGUGCUGGAGUCGCCCAAGAAAACCAUCUCGGAUCCCGAGGUCUUCUUGCAGGCGUCGCUCAAGGACGGGGUGGUCCUAUGCCGGCUGCUGGAGCGCCUGCUGCCCGGGACCAUCGAGAAAGUUUACCCGGAGCCGCGGAACGAGAGCGAGUGCCUGAGCAACAUCCGCGAGUUCCUGCGCGCCUGCGGGGCGUCCCUGCGCCUGGAGACUUUUGAUGCAAAUGAUUUGUAUCAGGGGCAGAACUUUAACAAGGUCCUCAGCUCCUUGGUGACACUAAAUAAAGUGACAGCAGACAUUGGACUAGGAAGUGAUUCUGUGUGUGCUCGGCCCUCGUCACAUCGGAUAAAGUCGUUUGAUUCCCUGGGAUCCCAGUCUUCACACAGUAGGACUUCAAAAUUGCUUCAGAGCCAGUACCGAAGCUUGGACAUGACUGAUAACACCAACAGCCAACUGGUAGUACGAGCCAAGUUUAACUUCCAGCAGACCAAUGAAGAUGAGCUCUCCUUCUCGAAGGGCGACGUCAUCCAUGUCACUCGAGUGGAGGAAGGAGGCUGGUGGGAGGGCACACACAAUGGCAGGACUGGUUGGUUCCCCAGCAACUAUGUGCGAGAGAUCAAGCCGAGUGAGAAGCCUGUGUCACCCAAAUCAGGGACCUUGAAGAGCCCUCCCAAAGGGUUCGAUACGACUGCCAUCAACAAGAGCUAUUACAAUGUGGUGCUACAGAACAUCCUGGAAACAGAACAUGAGUAUUCGAAGGAGCUGCAGUCUGUGCUGUCCACCUACCUGCGGCCCCUGCAGACCAGCGAGAAGUUGAGUUCAACAAACACUUCAUAUUUAAUGGGAAAUCUGGAGGAAAUAUCUUCCUUCCAGCAAGUGCUUGUACAGUCCCUGGAAGAAUGUACGAAGUCUCCUGAAGCCCAACAGAGAGUCGGUGGCUGCUUCCUGAGCCUGAUGCCGCAGAUGAGGACCCUGUACCUUGCUUACUGUGCCAACCACCCGUCUGCUGUGAGCGUCCUCACAGAGCACAGUGAGGACCUGGGAGAGUUCAUGGAAACCAAAGGUGCCAGCAGCCCCGGGAUCCUGGUGCUGACCACCGGCCUGAGCAAGCCCUUCAUGCGCCUGGACAAGUACCCCACACUGCUGAAGGAGCUGGAGAGACACAUGGAGGAUUAUCAUCCUGAUAGACAAGAUAUUCAAAAAUCUAUGACUGCCUUCAAAAACCUUUCAGCCCAGUGUCAAGAAGUACGAAAAAGGAAGGAGCUGGAGCUACAGAUCCUAACGGAACCCAUCAGGAGCUGGGAGGGGGAUGACAUAAAGACACUGGGCAGUGUUACCUACAUGUCCCAAGUCACCAUUCAGUGUGCAGGAAGCGAGGAGAAGAAUGAGAGAUAUCUCCUGCUCUUCCCAAACCUUCUGCUCAUGUUGUCUGCAAGUCCCAGGAUGAGCGGUUUCAUCUAUCAGGGAAAGCUGCCAACAACAGGAAUGACGAUCACAAAGCUUGAGGACAGUGAGAACCAUAGGAAUGCAUUUGAGAUAUCAGGGAGCAUGAUCGAGAGGAUUCUGGUGUCCUGCACCACCCAGCAAGACUUGCACGAGUGGGUAGAGCACCUGCAGAAGCAGACAAAGGUCACGUCUGUGAGCAACCCCACCAUCAAGCCCCACUCGGUGCCAUCACACACACUUCCUUCCCAUCCGCUCACUCCAUCCAGCAAACACGCGGACAGCAAGCCCGUGGCACUGACGCCUGCGUACCACACACUUCCCCACCCCUCUCACCAUGGCACCCCACACACCACCAUCAGCUGGGGACCCCUGGAGCCUCCGAAGACCCCCAAGCCUUGGAGCCUGAGUUGCCUGCGGCCUGCACCUCCUCUCCGGCCCUCAGCUGCUCUCUGCUACAAGGAGGAUCUCAGUAAGAGCCCCAAGACCAUGAAGAAGCUGCUGCCGAAGCGCAAGCCCGAGCGGAAGCCUUCGGACGAGGAGUUCGCUGUGCGCAAGAGCACAGCUGCUCUGGAAGAAGAUGCUCAGAUCCUGAAGGUCAUCGAAGCUUACUGCACAAGCGCAAAGACGAGGCAGACCCUGAACUCGACAUGGCAAGGCACUGACCUGAUGCAUAAUCACGUCUUGGCUGAUGACGACCAAUCAAGUCUAGACUCCUUGGGUCGUCGCAGUAGCCUUUCUCGUUUGGAGCCCUCAGACCUCUCGGAAGACUCUGAGUAUGACAGUAUAUGGACAGCCCAUAGUUACAGAAUGGGUUCUGCAUCCCGUUCACGCAAAGAAUCUGCUCCACAAGUAUUGCUUCCAGAAGAAGAAAAAAUUAUAGUCGAAGAAACCAAGAGCAACGGGCAGACAGUGAUAGAGGAAAAGAGCCUCGUGGAUACAGUGUACGCAUUAAAGGAUGAAGUCCAAGAGUUAAGACAGGACAACAAGAAGAUGAAGAAGUCCUUGGAGGAGGAACAGAGGGCCCGCAAGGACCUGGAGAAGCUGGUGAGGAAGGUUCUAAAGAACAUGAACGACCCUGCUUGGGAUGAGACCAAUCUAUAGGCUGACUUGAUGCUCACAGGCUGGAGACCAGCAGCUCCUGGGCAAGGCACAGUGACAUUCAGGACUGAGGAAGGUGGUCUCCAUCAGGCGAGCAGCAGUAAUGAAGCUGUUGCUGCAGGAACUGCCUGUGAGUCACAGACACUGAGGCCUGGGCUGAGUGAGCAACUCUCUGCCACUUCUCCAUGCAGUGACUGACCAGAGUCCUUUGGCUUUUGGACUUCAGUUGAAUCUAUAAAUAGCAUACCUGUGUACUCCUUGUAAAUACUGAGAUCUGAACACAUACCUGAGAUGGGACUGGGCUAACCCUCCUGCUAGGAUUUCCUUCUCAGCCUUUCUGGCCACAGCGAUCUGAAGUUGUCUUGGUGAAGUGUUGAAAGCAGAAAGCCCUGUUUUCCAGGCACUCUGCUGACCCAAGACACUGCAGCAAAAGCCAGUGUGUUUGCUCUCACAGCAGGUCUCGACUCAGGAACAGCACUCCUUGCAACUCCACUGCUGGCAACAGGUGCCCGGUGCUGGGCAGACCUCCGCCUACAGGAAGCAAAGACCAUCUUUGCCACUGCCGAGGUUGCUGUCCAUGCCCCAGGACAAUUUCUUACAGGCCUGCCUUAAUGAUUCACUUGGAGUGUUCCAUGAGUAUUCAUGUUCCCAGUAUCCCUACCCUGCACAGGGUGGUUAGCGUUGUCAGCACGCUGCCUUGUCUUUCUGAGGAUCCAGUGUCUUCCAGGCUCUUCAGGGAGCGAGAAUCUGCACCCAAGAGCAGUUCUUUUUAAACCGGCCCUGGUGUACACACACACUUCUCUCUCCUGUGCCUCUGCGGGUGGAGCUUUGAUACCAACAGCAACAACAGGGCACCUCUCACCAACUCUUAAGUCCUCCAUGUUCUGUAAGGGAUGAGGGGGAUCAAGCCAUUUCCUGUCCUGUAGAUGUGAAGCACUUUCCGUUCUGAACCAUGCUGCAGUUGUAGCAGCCUCUGACGCCCCACCGUUGUCUCCCGGCUGCUGCCUGUGUGCCCUGUGCACUUCAGACCAACUCCUCCUUCCCUGGGACACUACAGGAAACCUGGUGCUGGCAGACCGCACGGGGGUUGACUACUGCAGCGUGUGUGCUACACCCUUGGAAUUAUUAAACUCCUUAUUUUUCUUAUCUCACAAA